CACACACACCUUUGUCCCUCCUACAGUCUGAGUGAGGGGGACGCACCUUGCUCCAUGGUGGGCAGUGGAUGACCCAUGGGCCGCUCUCCUGUCAGCCUGUCCACACUGAAGCUGGGGAGGCUAAAGGUGGUGCGGCGGCAGCUGCUUCAGCGCUACGAGCACCAGCCGUUCGUCUCCUGCCUGGCCGGCCUCUAUGGCUGCCAGUGGAGGCGCUACCAGCGGGCCAGGGCCCAGCCUGGGGAGUGCUGCUGUAGCCGGUUGGAGUGCAGUAGCUUUGGUCUCCUCCUCACCACCUUUUUCUUGACACUGGUGUUCCUGUAUUUCUGGAGCGAGGCUCAGAAUGACUACAGCGACUUUGACUGGUUUAACUUCGGGACCCUGGGUUUCUGGUUCCCCUGGGCCGUGGUGCUGCUGGUGGUGGCCGCGGCACUUUUCACCUAUAUCGCCCUCCUGCUGGUCUUAGCAGUGUGUCUUCUCUCUGAGGGCCAGAGACUUUAUCUACACUGGAGUCACAAGAUUGGUAUUCUGGUGACCCUCACCUUCUCUAUCAGUGCCACAGCUGUGCUCUCUGAUCUGUGGAGCAAAGAAUGGAAGACCCUACUCCUCUCCUUUCAGGUCACAGCACCUUUUCUGCAUGUGGGUGCGGUCUCGCUAAUGACCCUCCUGUCUUGGCCAAUAGCUCUACACUUCUUUCGAAUGAAUAAGAGAGUGAGGCAGGUGGCCAUCCUGGGCUCGUUCCUGGCCGUGCUCUUUGCCUUGUUCCUGGUUCCACUGGGCAUGUAUUCCCCCUGCAUCAAAGAGGAGGGCACCCUGGGCCCAGCGCCCAUUCUCAUUGGCCACAGAGGUGCUCCCAUGCUUGCACCAGAGAAUACCCGGCUGUCCUUCCAGAAGGCUGUGGAUGUGGGAGGGGAGGGGCUAGAGACAGACGUCACAAUUAGUUAUGAUGGUGUCCCCUUCCUCAUGCAUGACGGCACGCUGAGGAGAACCACCAACGUGCGCGAGGUGUUCCCAAACCGAACAGACACCCCGGCGGCCAUGUUCACUUGGGCCGAGCUGGAAGCGCUCAGCGCUGGAGCGUGGUUCCUGCGGAGGGAUCCAUUUGGCACAGCCUCGGCUCUUGACCCAGAGGAGCGGGCCUGGGUGGAAAACCAGACGGUUCCCACCCUGAAAGACUUUCUGGACUUGGCCGCCCAGCACAGGCGCCUGGUGAUCUUUGACCUCCGACGACCACCCCAAGGCCACCCGUAUCGGGACACAUGGAUCACUCGCACCCUGGAGGUCAUCCAUAAUGAAUCCUCCAUCAGUUCCGGCCAGGUGCUGUGGCUGCCAGCAGAUCAGAGAGAACUGGUGCAGGAGUUGGACCCGGAGCUGCAGCAGACGUCAGGGGGGCAAGCCUCCGUCGAGGAGCUGCAGGAGGAGCACAUCGUCCGCCUCAACCUCCACUACAGCUCCAUGUCCCAGGAGCAGAUCAGUAAAUAUGCUUCUGUGAACAUCAGCACCAACCUGUAUGUGAUCAGCCAGCCCUGGCUGUUCUCCCUGGCCUGGUGUGCCGGGGCCCAGUCGGUCACCACCAACGCCCUGCACCUCCUCAAGAGCCUGCACAAACCCAUCUUCCUCAUGACGCCGCACGAGUAUAGCGUGAUGUGGAUCCUAACGGAUAUCGUCUCCGCCAUCCUCAUCGCAGCUGUUUUCAUAUUCCACUGGUGGCGGGAGAGAGGCUUGCCUUUCUGGUCAGGCGGCAGGCAGGCUCAUGAGAAUGGACUAUACAGCAAAUUCAGGACCGAGCUCAACGACGUUUGGUCCAUCUCCAGCCUCAGUGUGCGAGGGGAGGGGCAUGGCCUGCCGACAACGCCAACCCUCCCCACCAUCUCUGAGGAGCCGCCAGUCUGAGGCCAGCCCGGCGAGGGCUCCAGAGAAGGGAGCGGUAGGAGCUGCUUCCCAACGGCUGCCUACGCAAAUCCAUCCAUCCAUCCAUCCACUCAGGCCUCACAAGAUCCAUCGCCUGUACAUUCGCUUUUGAGUUUCAGACUGGUACGAGUGAGAUGUAGCGCAAAGUGUGGAUUGCUAUGUAUGUGACUGAGCACACAUGAAGCAUCCAGCAUCUUCUGACUGAAAUCCAAGAACAACUCCACCAUCUGUGGAAUACCACAAGGGUUUAUGAGCAGUCUUUACCACGAGGAACUGUUUGGCGCUAUCUGCUGCCAAUAGCGAGGAAUUUCUGGACACACGUAUGUUGAUGAAGAAUUCCUCUAUUCAGGCAUUAGCUGACUCAUUAAUGAGUAGCGGAGGAAACAAAAAAACUUCCUGCACUUUGUAACAGAAAAUGUGGAUAGAUAUAGAGUAGCAUAUUAUACUGUAGUAAAGAUAUCUAAGGUUGGUUACUUUAGAAUCUUAAUAAUAAUGAAUUACUGCUUAUUACUGAAUGUAUUUUAGCAACAAGCACCAAUUUUCAUUUUUCAGUUAGCUGCUGUAUCUUCCAUCAGCGUUGUGGUAUGGUAAAAUUGUCACAUGCAUUUACUCAAUCUGCAACUUUGUCAUUAUGUGGUUACCAGUAAUUGAGGGCUUCUGGACAAUCGAUCCCUGCCACACUGAUCAAAAGCAUGAGACUAGUGGUUUUAAGUUCUCGUUCUAAUCAUCUGAUUAUCCACCGCUAAAAGUCUAAUCUGGAAGGAAUUGACAAUCUGCUUAUUAAAAUGUUGAUAGGAAAUAUUUUUAUGAGGUGGUUUGAAGAACAAACAGUCAUGAGAUAUGUGUUCUAAGCAACAACAAAAAAGAAAACCCUGGAAUGCAGAUCACUGGCCAAAACUAGCCAGAGAAACCGUGUUGAACAACACAAAAGGUAAAUGAAAAAUAUAGAGCAGGCCAAGCUGGUCCUUAGAAAUCUGACAGAUUUGCACUUCAUAUAUACCUGCAACUACAGUAAGUCAACACCGUGUCCCUCCACAGGUUUUCAGCCAUUACUCAUACAGUGGGGACACUUAUGUGUGUUUUGUCAUUUUCGUAGUAAACAGAAAUUCAGCUUUGCCAGCUAUAUGAAAUGUGACAGCCAGGAUGAUUUGUAUUUAUUUAUUGCAUUUAUUUCACUGUAACUACAGCUGUGUAUUAUGUAUGGCUGUAUAUAUGAUCAAAAUGAAAUUGAAACAAAAUGUAUUGUGAAAACUAUGUAAAAAAAAGAAGCUAGAAGA